AGACAGACCAUGACAAAGUUCUGUCAAGAGCAUUUGGCUCCGAAGGCCCAACAGAUUGACCAGGAAAAUGAAUUCAAAGACAUGCGGGAGUUUUGGAAGAAACUUGGGGAACUGGGAGUACUGGGGAUCACAGCUCCUGUGGAAUAUGGUGGAUCUGCUUUGGGGUAUCUGGACCAUGUGCUGGUGAUGGAGGAAAUUUCUCGUGCAUCAGCAGCUGUUGGGCUUAGUUAUGGUGCCCACUCAAACCUUUGUAUCAACCAGCUAGUGCGUAAUGGCAAUGAAGCCCAGAAAAACAAGUACUUGCCCAAGCUAAUCAGCGGGGAGCACAUUGGAGCCUUAGCGAUGAGCGAACCCAAUGCUGGAUCUGAUGUUGUGUCCAUGAAACUGAAAGCAGAUAAGAAAGGAGACUACUUUGUGCUGAAUGGGAACAAAUUUUGGAUCACCAAUGGGCCAGACGCAGAUGUUCUCAUCGUUUAUGCUAAAACUGAUGUUAAUGCUGUUCCAGCCUCUCGAGGUAUAACUGCCUUCAUUGUGGAGAGGGGAAUGCCUGGUUUCAGCACAGCCCAGAAGCUGGAUAAGCUGGGAAUGAGAGGGUCUAAUACCUGUGAACUGAUCUUCGAAGACUGUAAGAUCCCGGCUGAAAAUAUCUUGGGGACGCUGAGCAAAGGAGUCUACGUUCUGAUGAGUGGAUUGGAUCUGGAGAGACUGGUCCUGUCUGGUGGGCCACUGGGGCUCAUGCAAGCUGUUCUUGACCAUGCAAUUCCAUACCUACAUGUAAGAGAAGCAUUUGGACAGAAAAUUGGCCACUUCCAGCUCAUGCAGGGCAAGAUGGCUGAUAUGUACACGCGGCUGAUGGCGUGUCGGCAGUACGUCUACAACGUGGCAAAGGCAUGUGACCAGGGCCAUUUCAAUGCCAAGGACUGCGCAGGAGUGAUCCUGUAUUCCGCAGAGUGUGCUACCCAGGUGGCUCUGGACGGGAUUCAGUGUCUGGGUGGGAACGGUUACAUCAAUGACUAUCCGAUGGGGCGUUUCCUGCGCGAUGCCAAGCUCUAUGAGAUAGGGGCAGGCACCAGUGAAGUGCGCAGGCUGAUCAUUGGCAGGGCCUUUAAUGCCACUUUUAAGUAACGUCCACCAGUGAAGAGGCAACACACUCACCACUACCAUGAGGCCUUUGACUAGAGAAGCUGAAGUGCACAAUUCUUUUUUUUUUCUUCCUGCUUGCGAUUCUGGGAUUGUCACUUGUGGCCUCUCUCCUGUUCUGCAAACAGAUGCUGUUGGACUGGGCUUUGACAAAAUGAAUCAGAUGGUAGUGUGGAAGGAAAAGUGAUUUUUUUUUUUUUUUUUCUCUUCUUGUGAUUCUCCUGAUUCAUCCUGUUCAUAAACCAUCCUGAAGCUCAGCAUUACAGGGUGGAGGCUCACCCAGGGGACGUGUCCCUGUCAAACCAGGCUGGUGAGCACUGUGCCUGAAACGAAGGGCAGCCACUGAUGAGCACAGAAAGCCAAACCACCCCCCUCAAAAAAAAAGAACGAUUUUGUUCUUUU